AUGGACGACAAUCAUGAACCCGGAGGUAAAGAACCAAGUACAUUUGAAGAUGAAUCAACAUUGCGCAAAAGGUUUUCACCUGAAGAAGACGAAAGACUUAAAAUGCUUGUAAAUACUAUGGAAAAUGUUCAUUGGAAGGAAAUUGCAGAGCAUAUGCCAGGAAGAAAUGCAAGACAAUGCAGAGAUAGGUACAACAAUUAUCUUUUCAAGGAAAUAAUAAAUAAACCUUGGACUCAGCAAGAAGAUGAAGUCAUCAUGAAUUUAUUCGAGUUGGUUGGCCCAAAAUGGUCUCUUAUAGCUAAAUCUCUUAGUGGUAGAAGCGGAAAUAAUGUAAAGAACAGAUGGUAUAAGUUUUUGAAGAAAAACUUAAAGAAUUUUCAUAAAAAUUCAAUUCAAAAGAAUAAAUGUAGAGAUGAAACAUUAUUAUUUUGGAACCUAAUUACAGAAGAAUUGGAGGGCUUUCAAGCACUUAAGGAAUUCGGAAUCUAA